AUGCAACACCUUUUCUCGCCUGAUCUGAUUACUGCUUUGAAGAAGCAGAACUCUAUCUCGGGGCCAAAUAUACUUCUUACAAGUACUCGUCAUUCUGGGGACGUGGAUUUCAUACGAGAACUUUUGCGUGACGGACGCUCUCCACUAGAGAAAAUUCGAAUGGAGCCAAUUCGUCCUUUUGAUCGAGUCGAUAGAGAAGCCUGGACGACAAUACCAGCGCCACAGGCCGAGGUUUCUCUUUGGCUGCUUUUCCUAUAUGGUCUAGUUGAAGAUUACAUUCUGAAGGGCCGUGCUGACAAGAAGGAAAGUGAAUGCCUCGAGGAGUUUCUAAAGUGUGACGUGGACUGUGAUGUUUUCUUCAUAGUGAGAAUACUGAAUUUGUCUAAACGCAAAAAGAAGCCGGCAGACGAUGAUGAGAAGUACGAAGAGUCUGGUGAAAACGUCAAUCCCGACGAACUAGUGGCAUUCAAACUUGUGGAAUUCCUCGAGUUGAUGAGGCCUUCCAACUUGGAUGGUCUUUUGAAGCAAAUUUCAAGCCUACGGAAGCCGGCCCAAUACGAUAGAUCAGAAGUGACACGUCCAUCUGGUUGCUCGGUUCCCUACAAACGAGGUACUCUGGCCAAAACUCUUGAGGACAUUGUGGCAACAGGCAAGAAGCAUCGACAUUUUGGAUUUGGGGUCAGUCUCUGCGUAGAAAGUGUGAUUACACCAUCUGAGAGAUUGGAUGUCCCAUUCGCCUUCCGAAUGACUUAG